AUGCAGAGUCUUGAUUAUUACAAGAUUCAGCCAUUGCCUGCGAUUAAAGAUCACAUCAAAGCAGUUGGAAUAAACGAUUUGAAGUGUUGUGCGCGUUCUGGUACAAUGUUAGCUUUCAUUUCGGAUAUUCCAGUGCCAUUUAUCUACAAUACGAACACAGAAAUAUGCAGAGACUUCAAAUUAGAGAAUGUUCCGUCAUCUCCUUUAUCCGCAAUUGAUAUAUCACGCGAUUGUAAAUAUGUAAUCACAGGGCACGAAAACGGAAGCAUUUCGAUUUGGUCUAUUAUGGAUUUUAAGAUUGUUAAAAAUUUUUCAACAGGAUUCAAUAAGAAAAUCGUAUGUUUACACUACGGAUGGACUCCAAAUGAAAUUUUCUUAGGAGAUGAGUCAGGCAGAGUCAGUAAAAUCCAAAUACGCCAAUUAAUGGGCUAUUUCGCAAUUUCGGAAACAUUUUUAAUACAAGGAGAUGAAGAAUUAACAAAUAUCAUCACAAUGAAGCAAGGAUAUCCAUUCAAUGCAGUAUUUAUCUCAUGGAAAACGAGCUACAUGAUAUAUAACGGCGAUACUCUUGCCGUUACAGCCAAAUCUUCAAAGUAUGAAGACGAAAUUUCGAUUGAUCACUAUUUUGAUGAAGAAAAGAUUGUUCUUACUGUUUCUACACAAAGCCAAUUUACUCUACUCUGCUUUACAGGUCCAAAGAAGUUCACACAGAUCUGUUCUCACAAAUUAAAUUCCGGAACUAUCGUAAUUAGCGAAUUCCUUGCAUCCGGACUCUUCGUAUGUAUUACAGAUGGUGGGGAGCUUACCAUUGUCUCAUUUGAUGGUAAGAUUGCCCAACAAAUCCCUGCAAAUGAUUUAUAUCAGUCUUCUGUCAGUUCCAGCUACAUCCAGCCAUACGACGAUAAGAUGAUUUUGGUCCAACGGUUUGGCUGCUUACUCGUAGAUUUCCUAGAUUGGCGAGGAAAAAUAAAAACUUUAGUAAACUCGCUGAAUUUCGCAGAAGCCUUCCGCCUGUUGAUAGAAAUAGAUGCAGGACUGGCUAAAGAUCUAGUCGGACUUCCGAAAAACCCAACAGAAUGCAGAAGACAAUUAAGAGAUAUCACAUCUUUUGUCGUUUUACAGUUCCUUAAGCACUAUCUGUUGAAUGGAACCGAUGAAGAGAUCGACGACGCUGUUGCUUCUGCAGUUGCUAAUGUUGCUUCCCUCAAAAUGACUUCGAUUCUCGAACAAGCGGCAGAUCUGUUCACAGCUGUUGGCAAAGGUAUGGAUUUCUAUAUAGGAACACUACGAUCAACAGUAAAACAGGUCUCAUCGUUGCUAACUCCGGCAUUUAUUGAACAAUUUCUGAAAUUAGCACAAUCCUCUGAAAUGAUUGACUUCGCCGAGGAAGAACUACUCACUCCAAAGCUGGAUCCAGCUUAUACAGUCGAAAUAUUCAAAGUUGCUUUGAAAUAUAACUUAAUUAAGUUCCAAAAGCGGCUUUUCACAGAAUAUUUCGAUGAUUUCGUAUCCCCAUGUGAGUUAUACCACAAGAACAACCGUUUAAUUGACUAUUGUCGUGAAGUUUUUUUGGAUGAAAAUCAAAAUCUUUACAACAAAGCCGCCAAGCGAUCAGUAUCACUCUGGUUGUUAUAUCCAGGCAAUGAUGGGUCUUUUGGUCGCCUACAGACCCUUUUUAACUCAAGUUUAGAAGAUAGUCCGAAAUAUAUUUCUUCGAUUCUUUCAGUUUGUCCGAUUCCUGUAUCAGAAGAAAAGGAACUUGGCUAUGCCCCUGUAAUUGACACUUUCCUUCGUGUUUUGGAGAAAUAUAAUUUCGAAAUCGCGAAACCGAUGCUUUCUUCUAUUAUUCCUUACUACGAACGUGACAAGACACUUAUUCCGACCACUGCUGCACUCAAGCAUGUGAUCAAAUACAUUUCUGUGUCUUCAGAAAACGAAAAUUCCACAGAAUUUUUACUUUCGAAAAUUCUUGAUCGUUUUCCAACUUUAAUUCCUCUCAACUCUCUCCAGGAACUCUGCCAAUCACGUGGAUUCGUCAAUAUCGCAUUGGACAAGUUCAUGCAGUCUAAAAACUAUUCAGUAAUCGUUGGAAGUUUUGUAAAUUCAUCUGACAAAAAAGUGACAGUUUUUGACUUCAUAAAUGCACAUUUAGAGGAUCACGAUGAGUUGAGAACAUCCAUUAUCGAGAACAUUUCAGGGUUACUUGUUGUCGAUGCACAGCAAACAUGUCGUGUGAUUUACAAGUAUUUCAAAGAAGAUUUGGAAUAUUUCAUCAAAACUCUCGAGCGACAAACACUUUUUGUGUUUUUAAGAGGUUUGGAUGAUGUUGUCGGCGACAUUGCUUUCGACAAAGACUUGAAUAUCAAGUACUUGGACAUGCUCUGCGAGUAUUCUCCACAAGAAGCUGUUCAUUUCUUGAAAAACAGACUCGAAAUCGAUGCAGAAAAAGAGUUUUCAAUCGAUCUCGAGAAAUCUCUGAAAAUAGCAAAGAAAUGGGGAAGAAUCGAUUGCGAAAUACGUCUACAAAUACAUAACUCUUCUUAUAAUGAAGCUGUUGAAUUAAUCGGUUCCGAAAUAGAGUCUUCUCUCUUGGAUCUCCUCGAAAUUCCUGUUUUCGAUGGUUGCAAAUCAAUCGACGAAUUGUCUGAUUCAUCAGUAGUAAACAGACAAAUGCAAGCAGUGACAAUUGCUGUUUCCCUGUUGUCAGAACUAUCAAAAGAAGAAAAUAACAUACAGAGAUGGCAGAAAGUCUUCAAAAGUUUCCAAUUCCCUCUAUAUUUGGCUUCUAAAAUGAAGGAAAGUGACAAAAAAGCGGUUACUUUGACAUUGAUUUUCUCUUACUUUUGUUUACAAAGUCUCUCAAUUAUUGGUUCAGAAAUAACGUUCAAAAUUUUGUCACUUUUCUUCAGUGCAUUACCAAGACAUAUUUAUCAUUCUGCAUUGUCAUAUAUCUUCCAAUCAUUGAAUUACCAGACGAAACUGAAUGAAGUUGUCGAGGAAAUUCUAAUUGACGACUGUUUGAAAUUGAUUGAAAAAAGUGACAAUAAAAGGAUGGGUGGAUUAUUUAGUGGAGAACCUGUUUGUGCUAUAUGUCAUGAACCUCUUCUUAAAGCGUAUAGUCCCUUCAAAGUUUUUCCAUGCGGACAUUGUCUUCAUGAAAACACGAAAUGCGGAUAUCACGAGUAUUGCACUGUCUGUUCUGGAUCAGGAAACAACAAUUUGCAGGAAGAUGUCGUGAGUACUGAUGUUAAUUCUGGAAGAAACAUAAAUAGAAUGAUGAGAAUGUUCAACAUGAAAAUUAAACCUCAGUAUUCUGAUUACGUAGAAUGUGAAUAUUCAAGUUCUUCUUUGAUGUUUGCACACGUUCAGGAAUUGGAUGGAGAAAGAGCUACUUAUGCUAAACCUGAUGUAACUUCUAUUGGUACUCUAUUCCAGUUGAAUAUUCCAAAGUAA